GUGCAGUAAUAAAUAGUGAAAUCAAUAUUAAUGUAAUUGUUGUGUGAAAAGAAAUAUUAAAAAAGAAUGGAUUUUCCUGAAGAAUUACCAAAAGAGAAGGCGACAAUUUGCUUUGAAGUAAGAGCAGAAAUUGAAAGCUCUGAAGUGAGAGCAGGAAGUGAAAGAGAAAUAUCAGAUGACAUUGGCAUUAAAGCAAUAUCAUCAAUAUAUAUUGACAUUUAUUGACACAAGGAAGAUUUUAUACAGAAGAACUACAACUCCAUUGCAAUAAAUUUACUGAGAGUUAGUUCUUCGGAAUGAGACAUUGCUAAUCGUUGCCUACAAGGUGCAUGAGAUGAUUUUAUGUUCCAUAUAAAUCUGGACAGAUUUUUUAAUGAAUUUGCUACUGUUUUCUGAUACAAACUGAGAUAACAAUUGAUGGAAAUAUUGCAGUAGAAGGGUUUUCAUCAGUGCAGUAAUAAAUAGAGAAAUCAAUAUUAAUAUAAUUGUUGUGUGAAAAGAAAUAUUAAAGAAGAAUGAAUUUUCCUGAAGAAUUACCAAAAGAGGUGAGAAAAUCGUCAUACCCCUGUGAUAUCUGUCAAAAGACAUUCUCUCUAAAAAGUAGCCUUAUUAAUCAUAAAAUUGUUCACACAGGAGAGAAACCAUUUCACUGUGAUAUCUGUGGUAAAUCAUUCUCUCGAUUACAUACCUUAGUUACUCACAAACAUAUCCAUACUGGAGAAAGGCCAUAUGGAUGUGAUACCUGUGGUAAAUCAUUUGCUACGAAAAGCACAUUAAAUGAACAUAAACGUACACAUACAGGAGAGAAAGCACAUAGCUGUGAUACCUGUGGUAAAUCAUUCUCUCGUACACAUCAUUUAAUAACUCACAAACGCAUCCAUACAGGAGAAAGGCCAUAUGGAUGUGAUAUCUGUGGUCAAUCAUUCACUCUAAAAAGUCACUUAGAAGACCAUAAACGUACUCAUACAGGUGAAAAACCAUAUCACUGUGAUAUCUGUAAUAAAUCAUUCUCUCGGUCUGAUAGCCUAACUCGCCAUGUACGUAGCCAUACUGGUGAGAAGCCAUAUCAGUGUAAUAUUUGUGGUGAAUCAUUCUCUGAGAGAUGUAAUUUAGUUACACACAAGUUAAUUCAUACAGGAGAGAAGUCCUAUCACUGUGAUAUCUGUGGAAAAUCAUUCUUUCAAAAAGUACAUUUAAAUUCUCACAUACGUAUUCAUACUGGAGAGAAACCAUAUCACUGUGAUAUCUGUGGUAAAUCAUUCUCUUAUGGAACAGGAUUAACUGUUCACAAACGUAUUCACACAGGAGAAGAGCCAUACAGCUGUGAUACCUGUGGUAAAUCUUUUUCUCAAAGUUCUGGCCUAAUUAAUCAUGUACCUAUUCAUACAGGUGAGAAGCCAUAUCACUGUGAUGUCUGUGAUAAAUCAUUCUCCCGUAGUACUGCCUUAAUCAGACACAAACGUAUUCAUACAGGUGAGAAGCUACAUCAUUGUAAUAUCUGUGGUAAAUCAUUCUCAGCAAAAGUUCAGUUAAAUAAACACAAACACACUCAUACUGGACAGUAGCCAUAUCACAUUGAUGUCUGUGAUAGAUCAUUCUCUCAAACAGGAGAGAUACCCUAUCAGUGUGAUAUUUGCUGUAAAUCUAUCUGAAAAUACUGAUGUAACUAAGCACAAUUGUAUUCAUACAACAAAAGAACCCAGUACUGUAGUAUAUGUGGUACAUGAUUCUCUGUAAGAAUUGCUUUCACUACUCACAAAUGCAUUGGUACAGGAGAAAAAUCACACAGUUGUGAUAUGGUAAAUCAUUUUCUGAAAAUAGUAAUUUAAUUAAAUACAGAUGGGUUUAUUCUGAAGAAAACACAUAUCAUUGAUAUUUUGCAGUAAAUCAUUCUCUGUAACAAAUGACUCAUCUCUGUAUAAAGAUACACUUUUUGAAGUAGGUGGGAAAUGAUCAGAAAUAUCAGCAUUACACUUACUAGCAACAUAACAGCUUCUCCAUUGUUGGCUCCUCAGUAUAAUACUUGCGGUCAGCUCUAAAAAGCAUUCCUCGAAAUGAAGCAUAUAAGUGAUAUAAGUGAAAUGUUUUUUCCUGAUUAUCGAAGAUGUUUAUUUUUUUUUUCAUUUACACAAUUAUUUACAAUCAACAGUAUAAAUUAAAAGAUUUCUGAAAGUAUUGUUAUUUGUGAUGUACGGGCUUACCUCGAUGCAACAAAUCCAAACAAAUGGAUUGGGAGGAGAGGUAGCGUUGAAUUUCCUGCACGUUCCACCAGACCUUACACCAAUGGAUUUUUUUUUUUUAUGGGGACAUCUCAAAGAUGAUGUUUACAUUACAAAACCAGUGACAAUUGAUGAUUUAAAAAAUGAAAUUCGAAUACAAUGUGUUGCAAUUCUAAAUGAAAUGUUUGUCAAUGUUGUUGAAUCCAUUGUUGGACAUUAUCAGCUUUGUUUGGAAAAUGAAAGAAGGCAGUUUGAACAUU